AUGCAACCACCCCCUCAUCUAUUCAUCCCACCAGCAAGUGGGAUAUACUAUCCUCCCGUUCUCAACGAUCCCAUCACACCGCAUUCCUCGUAUCUUGCUUACGCACCCAAGACGACGCCCAACGGUCCUUAUAGACCACUAGCGAUCCCCUCAGAGGGGAGGGACGAGAAUCAAGCUAGAGCGGAAUCUCCUCGAGGGGUCAUAUCAGUACCGUCCUCACGAUUUAGGAAAUCUAAACAUCGUGCUGGGUCGAAUCAUACUACGGUAAGGGUUGACCAGCCCUUAACAGCUACAUCAACACUGGACUAUCCCCCCGCCCUUCCUCCCAAACCUACCCGUCAUACUCUUAAACCCGACCCAGACCAAUCUUCUUCCCGCACUCAGACACAGCAAGCUUCCCAGCCAGCCUUACGACCUUCUUCCCCCACUUCCAAGAUGUUUGGUGGCCGACGAGCUAAUCCACUUCCACCCCGCCCGCCUCCCAGACACCCUAGAAGUCCAGACGAAGAUUACGGCUAUGAACGAAGACCGAUCGACGCCUCUGCUCCAGGAUGGUACGUUAACGGAGGUAGAGCAGACUCACCUAGACCCCAUACAGAGGAAUUCGAAUAUGUCUAUCGACCUCAUGCACAAAGGCAGGAGAGGGAAUAUUUCAGACAGAGGGUUUUCGCUGAUAGUAGGAAAUCUCAUUUUGGAAUAUUGGGUAAUAGGUCUAGAGUAGGGGAUGUAGAGGAUAGAAGAUCUUCUAGUCCCCCUACGGAAGAUGAUGAAGUAGAGGUACCUCAGAUAAGGAGACAUAGACAGAUCAGAGAGAAUGAUGUGAGUGGACCGUCGAUGUCGACUGGACGAGUACGAGGUGCUACACCUGCACCUGUUCCGCCAAUCCCAUCCACUCGGGUUCAUUCUGGAACAUCUCGACCUACGAGACGAUCAGCUACUUCAGCACCGGCUGCUGCUCCCACGACAAGACCUAGACCUACGGCACCGAGAGCUAGUGUAUCAGUUCAAGAAAGGAGCACUCACCCAACAACCCCUCAGCAACGUCCCACUAGACCUGAUCCAUCUCAAUCGACAAUGAGAUCCACCGCAUCCGCAGCGACACCACCAAGAGAACAGAGACUUGCUACAACAACCGAUCUCAGGCCCGCCCCUUCCCCUACUAUCGCUCUAGCCGCAAGUCGAGAUACCCAAUUUGAAGAUGAUCUAGAGGAAGAGAUGACUUGUCCGAUCUGUAUGAGUAUAAUGGUCGGUCCUUAUCAAGUCACUCCUUGUGGACAUUCACUCUGUGGUGGGUGUGGUGUGCAAUGGAUUCAAACGAGGGUUUCAACUGGAGAUCGUGUCAAUUGUCCAACCUGCCGGGAACCCGUGGAUCGAGCAAACCCUUUGACCCCUGCUCGAACACUCGAGAAUCUCAUUCGAAAAUGGAUCGAUAACAAGAUCACUACCGAAGGUGAAUGGGAGGGACUAGCAGAAUUCAAGGAAAGAGAAGAGAGAGUGAAAGAGUGCUGGAGAAUCCAUAAAGAGCAUUCACCAGAAGGUAUAAUCCCACCUUCACUUCUCCGACCCGUACCUCCAGGUAUCGCCGUUGUAGAGAGAACACCCUCUGGGUCGAGGAUGCCUCGAGCCGAGUUCCCCAUACCUCACGUAUCUCAUAUGAUGGCGCAUAUGGAUUCGGUUUUCAACAUCUUCCACCGACCAAACCUCUUGCCUGUUCCUGAAGAUUCCUCUGAGCGAAGGGAAAGGAGAUUACCGAGUGAUCUGGCAUUCCGGAUCAAUCAUUGGCUUGAUGAACAUCCGGGAAUAAUGGAUCACAGAUUCCAUUUUGGUCUCGAACCUCCUGCUUCGUCUGGGUCUGUCUCGGGUAGACAAUCUGGUAGACCAUUACCCAGAUUAGACAGUGGGACACAGUCGCCGGAUUUUGAUCACUAUUGGAGGGAUCUCUUCGAAGGGAUACAUGGUGAAGGUGAGAGCGAUGAACAUAAUCCCGUGCGAAGGAGACGAUAG